UCCGUGUAUUUCCACUGACCUCCUGUUUCAGGGACUCAUUCAUCCAGCGGAGAGCUGCAGUGUCCGCACAGAGGCUUCCCAUCCAGCCGUCUGUCCAUCCAGCUGAAAGCUCCAUCCAGAGGCACGCUGCGACACCUGGGAAGGUCACACGGAUCAUUUUUGUUAGGAGGACCUGGCAACUUUUUAAAGAUUUUCUCCAUCCAUCAGCGUUGCAUCACCGGGAGAUUCUCACUACAUUCAGCGGCUGCUGACGCUGCUUCCUCCUGUGUGGACGAGAGGAUGGAUGGCUGACCUUGGAGCUUGCUGAUUGGUUCCCUGAUCCUUCCUGGUUGCAGCUGCUGUCAUGGCCAAAAGCCCGGAGGUGAAGCUGGCUGUCUUUGGAAGAGCAGGAGUGGGCAAGUCAGCUCUGGUGGUGAGAUUUCUGACAAGACGCUUUAUCUGGGAGUACGACCCAACUUUAGAAUCAACAUACCGUCACCAAGCCAACAUUGAUGAUGAGAUUGUUACCAUGGAGAUUCUGGACACUGCAGGCCAGGAGGACAUCCAGCAGAAGGAGGGCCACAUGCGCUGGGGAGACGGAUUCGUCAUUGUGUACGACAUCACAGACCGAGGAAGCUUUGAGGAGGUGGGACCCCUACGGAGUCUCCUAGAAGAGGUGAAGAAGCCAAAAAACGUUCCUCUGGUCCUUGUGGGCAACAAGUCCGAUCUGGACCAUGUCCGGCAGGUUGGCACGGAAGAAGGCGAGCGGCUGGCAGCUGAAAUGGCGUGUGCCUUCUAUGAAUGUUCAGCAUGUGCCAACGAGGGCGGCGCCGUUGCCGAGGCUUUCCACGAGCUGUGCCGCGAAGUGAGGCGCCGCAAGGCUGUGCAAGGCAAGGCCAGACGCCGCAGCUCUACCACACACGUCAAACAGGCCAUCAACAAGAUGCUGACCAAGAUCAGCAGCUAGGGAAGAGCCUCAGUACUGUCAGAAAUGCAAGGAAUAUACUUUUCUGUCAUGUACAAGUUUCAACCAAAUGUUGGCUCAGAAAUGGACAAAAUGAGACUGAAUUCCUGUGGAAUGUGUCGUUUACAUACACUCUUACAAUCUUACUUAAAGGGUUAUAAUGUGUAUAAUGAUACGCCCUUAGUAGUAGGACCUUAUAAAAGAUUCCUCAUCCAAACAUUUUAGCUUUUACAGAAUAAAAUGAACCUGGAUACAGGCCAGAUCAUUUAAGUAUUAUUAAAAUAUGGUAAGGUUCUCAACUUUUUAUUUCAUCUUCUAAUCCAACUCAGUAGAAAGCCAAAUACAAGUUUACAAAGAUGCAUGCAGGCUGUUUUGUUUGGCAUGUCAAAAAUGUGAGCAUUGACGUAUAUUGGACAGUAGUUUCCUCUAUUCUAUCUGUAGGGGGUUCUUGUGAUGUUUUUCUGCCCACGUGUGAUUUGUCCUGAACCACUUAAAGCAACAAUAUGUAACUUUUCCACCGUAAAAUAGCAGUGUCAUAGAAAUGCGCAUAAACGGCUAAAGUCCGAUCCCCUACUAGUAGGUGUAAAUUAAUAUUUAUAUCUUUUAUCAGUUCGGGUCAACAAAUCCAGUCACAUUGUUAGUCUAAAAUGUUACACAGCCGCCCGCUACUAAUACUCCCUGAAGCUGUGCUUAAUGGCUACUGCUUUGUGCUCUUUAGCCCCAUGUAAACAAUGCUAAACUGUUAGCACUGAUAGCAUUUCAUCAGAACAGCACUGUUUAGCAAUUUUUUAUGUAGAUAUGGGGAUAAGAUUGUACAUAGACUGUACAAGGUUAUACUCACAUACAUAACUCAAGCAUUCAGCACAAGAAUAUGGAUGUUAACCAGCAAACAGGACUGAUAGCACUGCUAUCACUAGCUACAUAGCUACUUCUGUCAUCAGUGUAUGAAUGGUUGGAAAGGGGUAAGUGUGGCCUGUAGUGUAAAAAGCACUUUAUAGAAGAGCACUAUCCAAGUUCAAGUUCAAUCUCAAGUCCACCUAGCAGUGGGCUGGGGUUCUCUUGCAAAAAAAUGCAUGUUACCUAAUGGCUCUUGUUGAUAUGAUAUGGACCACUGGUUUUCACCUUUUUCUCUGGUGCCUGCCCCCCCCUUGUCUGAUGCAAUGUUCAUGUAUGUAAUGUGUCUGACCAAGAUUUAAGAAAUAUUGGUAGGGUUCAGGCCCCAGAUGGCUCCUCUCGAAGACUGUUCAUGUGAGAUGCCAUGCCCGUCGGAACAGAAAUACACUACAUUAUUCCUAUAGUUUUAGUAAUAGGUUCGUUACCUUGAGUUGUUGGUACAAGCUAUUUUUAGAUUGGCGCUGCCGAGUUCGGAC